GGAAAUCUCGCGAGAUUGAAGCGCUCUGAGAGCGCCGGUCGGAGGCGAUCAGCGGAGGUUUUCCUCCGGCCAGUGAUGGGGCUGAUCCGCUGUGACCCCGUCGGUCGCCGCCGCACUGCUCUGCUGGGUUCUGCGUCUGCUCGCUGAAGAAGCUGAGCGCGCGAGAGGCGUCUCUUCCCUUGGGUGCAUAGGUCCCGUUGGCAGAGGCUUUGAGUCCUAAUCGCCACGGCUGACAGCUGCGAGGGAUUGAGACCAGAGGUUUGCUGAGGACUGGGAAUGAUACAAACAAAGAUUUCUAAGAAAGAAGCAAAGAGUUGCAUGACUUAAAUUCAUGAAUAACUGAUCCAGUUACAUAUGCUUCCAUAUUACCUGAUUGACAAGUUGGAAUGUUCUUGGAAGAAAACACAAAAUAGAAUAGUAUUUUAACCAUUGUAUUCCCUUAGAAAUGAGUUGCACAAUUGAGAAGGCACUUGCUGACGCUAAAGCUCUUGUGGAAAGAUUACGAGAUCACGACGAUGCAGCAGAAUCUCUGAUUGAGCAAACCACAGCUCUCAACAAGCGAGUAGAAGCUAUGAAGCAGUAUCAAGAAGAAAUUCAGGAACUUAAUGAAGUUGCAAGACAUCGGCCACGGUCCACAUUAGUUAUGGGAAUACAGCAAGAAAACAGACAGAUCAGAGAAUUGCAACAAGAAAACAAAGAACUGCGUACGUCCCUGGAAGAACAUCAGUCUGCCUUGGAACUUAUAAUGAGCAAGUAUCGAGAGCAAAUGUUCAGACUGCUAAUGGCUAGCAAAAAGGAUGAUCCGGGUGUAACAAUGAAGCUGAAAGAGCAGCACUCUAAGAUUGACAUGGUGCAUCGUAACCACUCCGAAGGAUUCUUCCUUGAUGCAUCUCGACACAUCCUUGAAGCACCUCAACAUGGACUGGAGAGGAGGCACUUGGAAGCAAAUCAGAAUGAAUUACAAGCACAUGUUGACCAGAUAACUGAGAUGGCAGCAGUAAUGAGGAAAGCCAUUGAAAUUGAUGAGCAGCAGGGUUGCAAGGAACAGGAACGAAUAUUUCAACUUGAACAAGAAAAUAAAGGCUUGAGAGAGAUCCUUCAAAUAACUCGAGAAUCAUUCUUGAACCUUAGGAAAGACGAUGGCUCGGAAAGUACGUCUUUGUCAGCGUUAGUGACCAAUAGUGACCUGAGCCUGAGGAAGAGCUGAAGAGCUUUUCAGUCUGUGAACUUGUUACAAGGCUCCAACCGUCACUGGGACUGGCCUAUUAAGUGAAUAAAUUAAAAGAGAAAUCCAUCUCAAGCUA